AUGGAAGGUGUGCUCACUGUGGAACGGGAUCGAGUUGCUGGAUCUUGCAACUCCCCUCCUUAUUUUGAUGGAAACAACUACGCUGCUUGGAGAGAAAAAUUUGAGAUAUUCCUUGAUGCUCUUGAUGAGUACGCAAGUGAGUAUCUCACAAAAGAGUGGGUUGCUCCUGUCAAGACUGUUGAGAGUAAUGUUGUGCCCAAGCCUAGGUCGGAAUGGACUGAAGCUGAGGUGUUUGCUGCAUAUUCAAACAAGAAGGCCAGAAAUGCCUUAGUUACAGCCUUGUCUAGCACACAAUUUUCACAUAUACAACACAUCCUAAAUGCGAAACAGGCUUGGGAUAAACUAAGGGUGGUUCAUGAAGGGGAUGACCAAGUUAGAUCCCUAAAACUUCAGAUGAUGCCUGCACAAUUUGAAGAACUUAGGAUGUCUGAAACUGAGUCUAUUUCUGAGUUCUAUGGGAGAGUUGAGAUGAUCACUAAUGAAGCCAUGAGUCUCGGUCAACCUAUUGAUGAGCUUCUUGUUGUUCAGAAAAUCCUUCGUGUUCUACCAUCUAGGUUUAGAGCAAAGAAAACCGCAAUCAUGGAGGUCCAAAACUUAAAUGAAAUUAAGCUUGGCAAGCUCGUAGGAAAAUUGAAAACCUAUGAGAUGGAGUUGAAUAUGGAAAAGAAUGACACUAAAAAAUCAAAAAAUGUUGCACUUCAAGGAGUGAAUGAUUCCUCUCUGAAAGGUGGUGAAAAAUCCUCAGGUUUUGAGGAUGAGAUGGCUUUGUUUGUCAAAAAAUUUAGGAGAAUUCUUAGGGAUAAAGGAAAGUUUGCUAGAAAGGGCAGCUCUGGUAGUGAGAGACAAGUUAGACCAUCAACUGAUCAGUCUAAUGAGAGGAACAAGGAUGUCAAACCUUUCACUAAAGAUUUUAGAAAAUCUGUCAAGUGCUUCACAUGUGGAGGCAUUGGGCACUAUGCUGCCCAUUGUGCAAACAAUCAGAAAAAAUACUCCAAAGGAAAGGACAAGGCCAUAAAAGUUAGCUGGAGUGAGAGUGAAAGUGAAGUGUCUCAAGGGGAUUCAUUUUUCUCUGAUAAUGAUGACCAACAUGUUGCUUUUGUUGCCUCUGUGCAGUCAGUGUCUGAUAAAUCUGAUUCUGAGUCAGAUGACCUGUCAUACGAGUGA